AUGUCCAACAAUACCACUUCCAUCACAUCAGGCCCUCUCACUGGUCCAAAGCUUGACCGAUUUAUUUACAUAUGGUUCUCUGAAUUCAUCUUGUUUUUCAAGAAUGAACAUGCCACUCACAUGGAUCAACACAAGACAAUGACCAUUACCAAGAUUCAACAGCUUCUCUCUAACGCCAAAACUCUCGAUUUGAAUCAAUACCCUCGAGAUGUCGUUUUGGAAAUUGGGACAGUUCUCACACGUUUUAGAGAUUACGCAACAGACAAUUUCUCUGACCCUGUCAUGAUGUCAGAAAUUCCAUUGUUAUUGAAAUGCCUGGAUGAGUUUGAUUUAUUCCACCUAUUCGUUUUAAAGAAAGUCAAGCCCAAAUGUACACCAAAUGUGCCUUUGGAGACCUCCGAACCAAAGCAUGACACAAAUUCAACCUCGAAUUCUAACAUGGCUUUGCCUACUCAAACAGUACCCCAAGAUAAUAACCCAACUGCAACUGCAAAACAAGAUGCAACACUCCAACAGAACAACUCCAAAGAAGCAACUCCAAAGAGAAAGUUGUCUGAGACAGAUUUUGCCGAAAAGUCUUCGACUCUCAAUUCCAACAAACCAUCGACAAUUUUAUCGUCCACACCUUCUAAGAGCGAAGAAAAUCGUUCAAAGAGAGUUUCAACUUCCACCCGCUCAUCCAAUGAUAUGUCAGAAUCUGAAGAAGAAGAAGAAGAAGUGCCUGACUCAGAUGACGAUGAUCUUCAAAGGACUCCAACCCCAAAAUGUGCCAGGAAGAAGAAGAUUCUCCUUUCACGUCUUCGAGACAAUAAGGAAUUGUGCUCGACAACCACACAAGAACCACAUACGAACCAUCCACCUCAAACUGCACUUUCAGACCUGUACGAAGAGUCAGAGUCUGAUGACGAUUCAAGCUACUUCUCAACAUCUUCAAAUGAUCCAGAAGGUUCCAAACCAAAGACCAAGAAGCCUUGUCCUAAAAUCAGAGUUCCUUUCGACGUAGUUCUCAAAGAAUUUGUGAACUAUGCCUCUAAACCUCUCGUUCCAUUUUCUCAGUUUGACUUCGGUACACAAGAGGUUGCAUACUACAAUUUUAGAGCUUAUUUGGAAAGUAAGAGCUUGCAAGUGAAGGGAUGGUUCAAUUCGUAUUACAAGGAAUGUCCCAAAUUGUUCUAUCUGUUGCCCAAUUCCAAAAUCAGAAUGAGGAGUGCAGCUAUUAAGCAGUUGUUGGCAGAAAAGCCAGACAUUGUGAACAAGUUGAAACAGUUGCCAAAGGAUUAUCCUCAAGAUUUUACAGAACUGAAACACAAAUAUGAUGAGUUUCAAAAGAGAGAGAACGAACGCAAGCAAAAACACCAUUAA